AUGAUAAUCUCUGAAGUGAUUCCCUGCUGCCGUCUCCUUCCGCCGUUCCACCACAUAAAGUACAUAAACACCCUCGUCCAGCUGCGCAGCUUCAACAGCCCGCCCACCACCGCCCAAGUCAGCGUCCCAGCCAAAAUUGCGUCGCCUGUCUCGCGCCCCUUCACCUCCCUCCUCGCUCCCACAAUCGACACCCAGUACCCCUCCAUGACGGCGACGCAGACCACGCACGAGUCACUCUCGCAGCGGCGCCGAAUGCACCACGAAGCCGAUGUUGUUAUAAUCGGGGCGGGCGUCUUCGGGUGCGCCGUGGCGGUCACGUUGGCGCGCCAGGGCCGCAGCGUCAUUCUCCUCGAGCGGUCGAUGAAGGAGCCUGACCGGAUCGUGGGGGAGCUGCUGCAACCCGGCGGCGUGUCGGCAUUACACAAGCUGGGAUUGUCGGAGUGUCUGGAGGGCAUUGAUGCGGUGGUUGUUAAUGGCUAUAAUGUCAUCUACUACGGGAAGGAGGUUCAUAUCCCGUACCCGUACGAUACGAGGGUGGAGAAGUCGAGGGCGAUGAGGGAGUCAAGGCCGGUGGGGUGGUGUUUUCACCACGGACGGUUCAUUAACAAGCUCCGCGAGGCGUGCAAGAGCGAGCCGAAUAUCACGAUCUUCGAGACGACGGUGAAGGGGACGGUGAGCACGGAUAACAACGAGCAAGUCCUCGGCGUAAAGACAGAGACGACAGACCCCAUGGACGGGUCGAAGAAACCGGAUUACUUCUUCGGCGGCCUCACCAUCGCAGCAGACGGCUACGCAUCCACCCUGCGAAAACAGUACAUCUCCAAGACCCCCGUGGCGAAGUCCAAAUUCUACGCCCUCGAACUCAUAGACUGCCCCAUCCCAACCCCGAAUCACGGCCACAUCAUCCUCUCCGACAAUGCCCCCGUCCUCGUCUACCAGAUCGGCACCCACGAGACCCGCGCGCUCAUCGACGUCCCCGAGAACCUGGAGACCGCCAAAGCCGCCCUGGGGGGCGUAAAAGCACAUAUUCGCAAUGUCGUCGUGCCAACGCUUCCGAAGCAAAUCAAGCCGACUUUUAUAAGGGCGCUGGAGGAGGGGAAACUAAGGAGUAUGCCGAAUUCGUGGUUGCCGCCGACGCAGCAGCAGACCCCGGGGAUUGUGGUACUGGGGGAUGCGAUGAACAUGCGUCACCCCCUCACCGGCGGCGGCAUGUCCAUCGCCCUCACCGACGUGGUCAUCCUCUCCGAGCUCCUCCACCCGACUCGCAUCGCGGACCUCUCCUCCGUCCCCGCCAUGAGCCUCGCAAUGCGCACCUUCCACUGGCGGAGGAAACAACUCGCAUCCAUCGUGAACAUCCUCGCCCAAGCCCUCUACGCCCUCUUCGCCGCCAACAACGCCGAGCUGAAAGCCCUGCAGCGGGGGUGCUUUGAGUACUUCCUCUUUGGGGGCGCGUGCAUUGAUGAGCCGGCGGGGAUGCUGGCAUGUAUCCUGCCGAGGCCGUUUUUGCUGUUCUACCACUUUUUCUCGGUGGCGCUGCUAGCGAUGUGGUUGAUUAUGUGUGAUUGUGUGGGGGAUUUGCUGGGGGUGUGGAGGGCGCCGCUGGGGGUGUAUAGGAGUGGUGCGGUGUUGUGGAAGGCGGUGGGGGUGAUUUUUCCGUAUAUUUUUUCCGAGUUGACGUGGUGAGAUGGCUUAUAGACUCUGGGAGGAGGAGCUUAGGUGGUGAGGAUAGGGCGGGGAGAUGAAAAAGUUGAUGGGCGGUGGUAAUGAUGAUGGGUGUUACUUACAUAUGCUUCGUUGAAGAACAUAAAACAUCACUGUACGACGUUUGGGGCGUUGUUGUGGGGGGGGGCAGACAGGCAUCCAGCAUAGCCUUCUAAUCUAUGGACACACUCUAUUCAAUCCAUUUUGUAGACCUACAAUGAGAGAACAACCGCAACUCAUGGCGAUUUUUGAAACUUGUGA